AUGGGUUUCCUCACACCUCCCAACAAUGCAACAGAAUUUGUUCUCUUGGGACUCACACAGAAUCCACACUUGCAGAAAAUACUCUUCAUGAUCUUUUUGAUCAUUUUCCUUUUUACCUUGAUGGCCAAUCUGUACAUUGUUAUUACCAUCUCCCUCAGCCCCACACUUUCAUCCCCCAUGUACUUCUUUCUCACUUACUUGGUCUUCUUAGAUGCCUCCUUCUCCUCUAUGACCACCCAAAUGACUUUUGACCUGCUGUAUCAGAGGACAAUCAUCUCCUGGGGUGGCUGCUUGACUCAACUCUUUUUGGAUCACUUCCUGGGAGGAUCAGAGAUCAUUGUCCUCAUUGCCAUGGCUUAUGACUGCUAUGUGGCCAUCUGUAGGCCUCUGCACUACAUGACUAUCAUACAACCUGGGUUCUGCCAGCUCCUGGUUGUGGUGGCCUGGAUUGGGGAGAUCCUGCACGCAACCGUGCAGGUUCUUUUCACACAUGAGUUGACCUUCUACGGCCCCAAUGUCAUUGACAAUUUCAUGUGUGAUUUAUUUUCACUGUUGGAACUUGCCUGCAUCAACACCUACAGGCUUGGAAUUGUGGUGGCAACUAACACUGGGGGCAUGUGUUUGCUCAUUUUUUCCAUGCUGAUUGUAUCCUACAUAGUCAUUCUGAGCUCUCUGAAAUCCCAUGGCUCUGAAGGAAGAUACAAAGCCCUCUCUACAUGUGGCUCCCACUUUACAGUAGUGGUACUCUUCUUUGUCCCUUCUUUCUUCACCUAUGUAUGUCCCGUGUCUACUUACCAUACAGGCAAGUUGGUGAGUUUGUUUUAUGCAACCUUCACUCCCAUGGUAAAUCCUGUCAUUUAUACAGUGAGAAACCAAGAGGUGAAAAUUGCCGUGAAGAGAUUGUUGAAGAGAAAAGUAACUUCAGAUGUUUAUGGUACCAAGAAUUUGAGGUUUUAUGUUCAUAGGGAGAAUUAUAUCUAUUGUAAAUUAUGA